UCAGUCCCUGAAGAAUUCAGGUGUUGCCAAAAGUGCACGUCUGAAUCCGUAACUCUACGAGACCCUCCGGAAACCUCCAGAGUCCUGGCAGCUGUAGACAAAGCUACUUAGCCACCUGAAGGUGUCUUUCGCGGGAGCAAGAAGCGAAAAGCGAAAGUAACGCCGAACCCACGUUGGGCAAGCAAUCGACUCCCAAGUCCUCCCACUUGCAAACGUUUUCCGCUUUGCGCCUUUUUGUCUUCUCCAUCUUUUUCUGUCGAAGUUCAGCCUUCCGUUUCUGCGGAAGAAGCGCGAUGGCGAAGAAUGUCCGCUGCUACCUCCGAGAAGCCUUGGAGGACUUGACGGAGGACGAGCUCCGAAAGUUCAAGGCGAACCUCAACGAAUUCCAGGUCAGGCCGGGCUACAACAAUGUCCCCAAAGGGCGGCUGCAGAAGGCGGACGCGUUGGAUCUGAGCGACCUCCUGAUCAGUUACUACGGCGAGGAUUACGCCCUGGAGGUGACGGCCGCCGUGCUGUCAGACAGCAACUGCAAGCCGCAAGCGCGGAAGCUUCUCAAAGCCACUGAGAAAGGUGCUUGCAGUUUUGUUCAGAGUCCCAUGCCCCAUUUCAGCACCCACUCAAGAAAAGCUGAGGUGCAGCCCUCAGAAGUGCAUUUUAUUGAACGCCAUCGGGAGGCACUCAUUCAGAGAACAGCCACAGUGGAAGGAAUUCUGGAUCGGCUGCAUGGAGUUGUCCUGAAUGAUGAGCAAUAUCAAAAAAUCAUCACAAAGAGAACAAACCAGGAUAAAAUGAGGGAGCUGUACAAGCUGCUGCCUAGCUGGAAUCGUUAUUGCAAGGAUUUGCUCUAUGAAGUUCUGAAGGAGAAAAACAAGUUCCUCAUUGAUGACCUUGAGGGACAGUGAGGCAAUAGAAGUGAAAUGCCAUCUCAGGCCAUGGAAAAUCCAGCUCCAUAUAUCACAGGAAUCCCACAGAACUAUAUAGUAUCUUCACAUAUAUAGGCUAUAUUUACAGUUGACCUGGUUACUGAAUUGUUCCAUUUUUCUGAGUUCACAUGGUAUGUCCAUAAACUAUAAACUAACCAAACAGGCUAGGUACACUCAAUAUGCUAUGUUACAGAAACAUCUAAACAAAUUUAGCAUGAUAUGGGAAUGUAGCUGCUAGAUCUUUAAAUGACCCAGUUAAGAAUAUUGUGUGAACAAAGCCAAUGAUAACCGUCACACAUAAUAACUUCACUCAUUUUGCUCCAUGCAAAGAAAUGUGAAAAUAUUCCUUUGAGAUUAAAAACCCAAUAAGGGUAAUUGCAUUUGAGUGAAAGACCCUAGGACAAGAUAGAACACAAAUAAUCAUUACCCCCUUUAAUAAAGAUCAUUAUCCUUUUCCUCUCUAUGGGCAGCACCUCCACAGCCUGAGCAGAUAAGCUGUAGUGAGAGCCCCACUCAGCCUCCAAUACUUUUUCAGAAAGUACUUUAAAUUAAUCUUGAUGAUUUUAAAAGUGGACAGGAUAGAUGGAGGAAGGAACCAACUUAUGAAUAAAAAGAAUGAAUGAGAUUUUUUUAAAUGUAUGUUUUACUCUGAGCACUUCCACUUUACAUAGAUCACAUUCACAUUCCUCUUUGCCUUGCCUACACAUAGCCCUUGAUUACAUUCCAAAUCAUAAACUGCCCUUUAUCCAAAUGUGUACAUUUAUGCAAAAAUAACAAGUGUUGUCUAGAUAUUAUGGACUGUAAUUCCCACAAUCCCUUGUAAUUGGCCAUGCUAGCUGGGGUAAUGGGAGCCCACAUCUGGAGCCCACCAAGCUACCUAUCUCUUAUAAAACAAUUGGUUCUAGUCUGCACUGUGAGUCCAGAGGUAGGGAAGCUGUAGAGCAGUGUUUCUCAACUGAAGGAGACCUUAAGCUGUGUGGACUUCAACUCCCAGAAUUCCCCAGCCA